AUGUCUUACUUCAUUAAAGCACGUAUCGCGUUUAUCGAGUAUUUGAUACAAUAUACGCUGAUUAUAUUGAAAGAGCUUGAACCACCAUCUGACAUACUUAAUCGAGACGUUACAUUGGUUGAUCAUUUAGAAAGCAUCAGAAGAGUUCCAAACUUUCCAAUCGCUAGUUGUUUGGAUGAUGUUAUACCGCCUUCACAUGUACUCCGAAGGCAUCCAACAUUUGGCAAACCGAAUGUUCCUAUUUUAGUCAAACAAUUUCACUUUCUUGUAAUGAAUGGAGAAACGGUCAGACUGAAACGUUUAAGCUAA